AACUUUACUCCACUACCGUGUAUAUAUGUAACUUGUGAAUUGAUAUAUGUUUUUUUUAUUAUUUCAGAAUGUUUAGCUCGAGUGAAGCCACGUCUGUUGCCAACAAAUCUAAUUUGACGAGAUCCUUAAUGGAAGAAAAACAUACUAAAGGUAGAAGCACUCAACAGCCUAAAUGCUUAGCACCUGGUAUGCUUGCCCAAAUGCGUGCAAAUAGACAAAGUUCUCAUCAAUUUGGUAACACUACUAAAGUCUUCGCACCAGGGCCGAAUACUACAUUUCCCUAUACGACUCGUGGCAUAGGAGCUUCAACAUAUGGUAUACUAUUUAAAAUAAUAAUUUUAUUUAUGAACUAACAAACACGUUUAACCAUCAUUUUAUUGUAAUUCAAAAAGUGCUCUCUCAUCCCACACUCUAAUUAUGCAUUUUGGGGAAAAAGAAGUGAAAGACAAUGAUUUCAAUGAAGAUAGCUCUUUUUUAGAUAUUUUGAACUUAUGCAAAAAGUUCAUAGAUAUCUAUUCUGUUGGUAUCAAAGUUAUCGAUGGACAUGGUAGACCUUUAAGAAAUGAUAAAGAUGUUUUAGCAAUGUUGAAGGACCAUGAGGAUCGUUCAUACAUACAUGUUUAUUUAGUGGAGGACAAAAGGGCUCGUCCUUUGAGCUUUGUGAUGCCAUCGGACAAUUUUACAUUGGAUGGUACCCACACUCUAAUUAUGCACUUUGGGGAAAGAGAAGUGCAAGAGAAUGAUUUCAAUGAAGAUAGCUCUUUUUUGGAUAUUUUGAACUUAUGCAAAAAGUUCAUAGAUAUAUAUUCGGUUGGGAUCAAAGUAACUGAUGGACAUGGUAGACCUUUAAGAAAUGAUAAAGAUGUUAUGGCAAUGUUAAAGGAGCAUGAGGUUAUUCCGUGCAUACAUGUUUAUUUGGAGGAGGAUAAAAAGGCCCGUCCUUUAAAUUUUAUGAUGCCAUCAGACAAUUCCACAUUGGGUGGUACCCACACUCUAAUUCUGCAUUUUGGGGAAAAGGAAGUGCAAGAGAAUGACUAAAGAAUUUCAGAAAAUGAGUCAGCAGAAUUCAAAGAAUAAAUCUGCAUCAAAUAUGGGAAUGCCUCAUCGUAGUGGAAGUAUGCCACACAGAGAAAUCAUAUAUGAAAAUGGUGGAAAAGAUUCCAAAACACCGGACUUGGCAGAAAUUUUUUUAAAGACACGAAGCAAAAAUGGAACACUGUGUGAGAAGGAGAAAGAAAAAUAUGAUGAGAUUGUGAAGACUGUUAAGUCCAAUCCAUCACUUUCAAGUCUUGAGGUUGCUGAAAAACACUUCGGUCCACAACGCCAUGGUCAUGUUUAUUGUUUUGGAGGUGGGGUGAAGCGAAAGCACUUUAAGGACUCCAAAGAAGUGUACAUCAGAGAUUUGGAAGCAAAACUCCGUAAGAAGGACGAAGAGAAUCAGGACCUCAAGAGACGUAUGGAUAUGUUUGAAAGUAGGUUAAAUAUAAUGGAGACAGGAACAUUUUCUAGAGAUCAACCUUCCACUCCAGAUAAUGAUCACCGAUUUGAUGAGUUUAAUGGUGAGAAUGAUGAGUAGCUACUACUUCUACACAAAGUUACCUUAUUGGAAAAUGUCUUGAUGCAAAUGACGUGCAUGAUGUUGAAACUUGAGAAGAGUAUUAAGAUUUAUGAAUUUUCUUCAAUAGUUUGUUUUUUUGGAUUCUAUUUUUUAUUUUGUUUGGAUUCUAUGGUUAAUGAAUACGUUUUUUCCUUUAUUGUGAUUCUUUGCUUAUUUGUUUACCUUUUGGUAUUAUUUGGGAUAAGGACUUUGUGACUAUUGAGUUUCUGCUUGAUGAAUUGGUAAAUGGCAACUUGCCAUGGGUUUUGGUUGUUCUAUUCUGUUUUGAAGAUUCUUGUAGGUUGGUACUAUGCAAGUGGUCAUGGAUGUCAGUUUGACUUCAUAGUUCAAAUCGGGUGAUGACUUCUGAUGAUCAAGUGAAGUGGAUGCUUCCCUUGUUUCCUACACUGUUCAGGGAUGGUCUUUUACUGGUGGUUGCAUCAGGUAGAAAUACAAUAUCAAUUGCAAGCACCAUUAAAAGAUUGGCAUCUGAAAAUUAACGUGUUUGUUAUCCAGCGGAGCAGACCUUGCAAAUACGGUGUAGACCUUUCCAAGCAGAUAACGUCUUUGCACAAUAUUUAUAGCACGGCACGGCAGCACAAGGGGCUUAAAGACCCCUUUUGUCAACUAAUAAACUCUAAUGCCUCGGGGUAUUUCUUUUGUGAGCUACAUAUUUACAAAGCUAACCAUCUUCAGAAACUUCAAUUCGUUCACUGACACAUGUAGCCACCUUGUUUGCUACCUUGCUGCCCUUCCAUGCAUGUUGUUCACCAUCUCACCUCCACCUCCGGGCAUAACUCCUUGUGCUAGUCAUGCAAACUCAAGACUCUGUGUUGUUCCACCCCGCUAUAUACCACCCCACGUCGUCUCUGAGCAGAUGCAGCCUUGCCUUCCAAACUGUCAGUUUCAAGUGAAAUCCUGAAUUGCGACUAAGACAGCAUUGAGAAAGGUGUUGAUAAGGACAAUGACAAAGUUGAAGUCGUCGUUCUUAUAUGUUGAACUCUAAGUGGAAGUGAACAUUGAAGAUUUAGCUUUGGAAGUUGAUUGUUGCUGUUCUGAAGAGCAGGGCAAUUUGCUUUUAGGUUAUUGAGUUGGAUUCUACUUUCUAACUUAGACUUCUUUUUUUUUGUCUCAAAGGGCUUUGGUUU